AUAGUGGCGCGCUCACGCAUACAAGUGGCAGCGAAAAAAAAAACAAACAAACAUUGGCGUAUUAAAUAAAACAAUUUUAAAUAGAAAAUGUCGUGUAAACUACCACGCAGAAAUAGUUAAAACCGAAAAUAUUUGUCAACCUCUGGCAGUAUACGGCUUUAAAAAAAAUUAACUAUAUUAUUGUACAUGUGUGUGUGUGUGUGUGUUAUUUUUUAACAAUUUGUGCUCAUCAGUGCGUCUAUGUGUUUAGUUAACUUUUCCUGUGAGAGUUUUAGUACCUAUAUAUAUAUAUUUAUGUAUUCGUGAACCUUAGGCAGUAAAGGACCGUUUGGAUUUCAGUGCUGAGAUAUUAUCGAACGGCCGGUGACCGGUCGUACAAUAAGUGUAACCGGCUCGGCUGUGCAUUAAGUCACGCGGUGUUCAACGGCGGUCGAAUACUGUCGUAGGCGGUCAUGACGCGACCGGUCCUUUGUCGAACAAAGGCCAGAACGAUUACAACAACAACGAAUACAACGUCAAAGUCGGCAGCGACGGCGCAGCGACGUCAUUGGCUGUGGCAGACCUUUAACACGAGCCAGUCAGCGGGCAGAUGAUAAGUCGCGUGCGUUCAGUUUAAACGUCUUGUAUACGUGUACAACCAACGGAGCGGAGCGGUCGCAGAACAGUGUUUAGCGGUCGUACGCGGCAAACGACGACAAUCGGCGUAAAAUAAAAGCGCGAAACACUUGUACAAACACACGUGCGCUCGUCCGUGGCGGGGCGCGGCAAAAGGCACUCAACGGCCGCCGUCGUACGUCUCACCGUACGACCGACGCUGUCGGUUCGUUAGCCGUGUGCAGCAGGUUCGAUGCGUCCAGCGUCGCGCACUCACCAUCAUGAAGCUCCGUGAUCGUAUUGCGGUCGGCUUUUGCCUGUCGUUGGUGGUGGUCACCGUGCUGUUCGUUGUGGACAUGCAGAACGAGAACGAGCGCCGGUCCUUUGCCUCGAUGACCGGAUAUCGCAGCGGCGGCGGCGUGGGCACUCACGGUCGUUCUGAUCAGUUCGUCCGUGAACCACCGCCGCAGCCGCCCGGGAGGAACUCAAACGCACAGCCGUCGAUGGCGCCCAAGAUGAAAGGUAUCCACAGUGGUGGUACCACCACCGUCCCGGGUCAGCAGCAAGAGGCCCCCGUCGACAACUACGCAACCGACGAUUUCGACGAUCUCACCGAGUACAUGCACACUUUUAUAGUGUACAAGGGACACGUCAACGAUUGGACACAAGUGGCUCAAAUCAUUGUCGACGACACGGACGAAAACGGCGUUACGAGCAACGAAGACGUGGCAAGCUUAUUCAAUCUCAGGGCCAGGAAAAAUGAUACGAAACUGGCCAAAUUCCACUUGAGGAUCUCAAAAAGAGAAAUGUAUCCCGCAAACGACAGCUAUGUGCCAAUGCUGCUGAAGGAGAUGUCCAAAAGUCCAAUUAAAAAAGUAGACCAAAAAGAAGGCGGAACGCAGCUUAAGCUCAUUAUGGAAUUUUUUAACGGGGACAAAGCUCUGAUGAAGCCUAUGAGGUUUCCCAGAGAACAGCAGACUCUGCCGAAUCAUUUCUAUUUCACCGACUACGAGAGACACAACGCUGAAAUCGCUGCGUUUCAUCUUGACAGGGUAAUGGAAUUCAGAAGAGCGAUGCCAGUCAGUGGUCGACUGAUGAACAUUACUACCGAAAUUAUGAACCUCGUAUCUGACGAGGAAUUGCUCAAGACAUUCUUUGUGUCGCCUGCCCGAAACCUGUGUUUCCACGGUCAUUGUUCGUAUUACUGCGACACGUCACACGCCAUAUGCGGUAAUCCCGAUAUGUUGGAAGGUUCUCUGGCCGCCUACUUGCCAUCCCAGAACGUACUGGAACGCAAAACUUGGCGACACCCUUGGCGGCGUAGUUACCAUAAACGGAAAAAAGCCAAAUGGGAAACAGAUGCGAACUAUUGUGACUUGAUCAGACAGGUGGAACCGUACAACACUGGACGUCGACUCCUAGAUAUGAUGGACUUGUCCGUAUUCGAUUUCCUAAUGGGUAAUAUGGACCGUCACCACUACGAGACUUUCGUGGCGUUCGGUAAUGAUUCGUUUCCGAUCCACCUAGACCAUGGCCGAGCUUUCGGCAAGCCGUUCCACGAUGAGAUGAGCAUAUUAGCUCCUAUCGCACAGUGUUGCCAUAUACGCAAGUCCACGUUAGAAAUGUUGCUCAGGUUCCACAACGGUAAAAAGCUUAGCGAAUACUUGGAGGAGUCGAUGAACACCGAUCCGCUGGCCCCUAUUUUAUGGCAACCUCACUUGGAAGCCGUUGACCGACGCGUGGGACUCGUGCUGGCAGUGGUCCGCGCAUGUAUAAAUCAUUUGACAACCAAAGUGGACCGUUACGAUUCGCAGCGGCCCGUUCAUUCAGCAGACGGAUCCAGUGAGUUUCAGAAAAUACUCCAAUCCAAUCUGGAAGCUGAGACAGUGACGAGGUCUGAAGAGAUAAAGACUAAAAACCCCGAUUCGUUAGACAUGCCCCAUCAAGUCGACCAACCACACCGCGUGUGACGUAAACAUAAUUAUAAGCCCUCCUAUAUAAUUGUACUUGUCUCCGUUCGUGUGCACUGUACAUAUAAAUGCUCCAAGUGUAUAUGUCAUAUUUUUACGGUAUUAUUAUAGUUUUUGUAUAUUAUUAUUUAUAAUAUGUACUGUUAACGACUAGUCUGUGAAGAUAGUGACGGCGUCACUUUUAAUUCGCCGCUAAUAGUAUAAUAUAUAGUUGAGUACAAUCGGUAUUUAUAAACAAUGAUAGGCGAAAAGUUAGUUUUGGUCAUCAAGAAAAGUUUAUAAGCUACUAUGUUAUAGGUAUGUACAAAAAUCGAUAGUUAACAAUCGACUGACAUUAUAAGUCUGUUAAAAAUGUAUAUUUAUAUUUUUUAAUGUCUAUAAUAAUUUUUACUCCAAAUUAAAUUUUUUUUAAAAAAAUCAUUUUUCUUACUACAACAGGCGACGUUCUAAAGUCAUAAACUAUACUCUAUUGCUAUGUAUAAUAAAAUACAAUAAAGUUAAUAUUGUUUAAAUUGUUUGUAUUAAUAAUAAUUAGUACUAUAAAUGUUAAACGUUGUUGCUUUUGAUAAGCAACAAACUAUACUGUACUGUUGGUAUACAUGUGAUUGUUUCAUGUUCCUGUAAGGGCUUAAGGUACAAUAAUAUUUUUAUUUUAGUCUUAACGUAUUUGUUUGUAAAUUUUGUUCUAGAAUCACCUAUUUCUACUGACUAAAAUAGUAUAGAAAAGAUACUCAUUUAAAUGAUAUUUUUCUCAAAAGUUAUUUAUUACUUAUACACUUGUAAAAAUAAUAAAAUAUUUCACACAGCUUAACACACAUAAACUUAGUUUUAAUUUAGUUAAAAAUAGUUAUUUUUAAAAUUACAACUCAUUGAUUAAUUAUUUUUAAUUUUUUUUUUAAUAGGAAUGUGAGCCUAUUGUUUGUUGCUCAAAUUAAAACGAUAAAUUAUUACAUUUAAAAUUGAGAAAAAAGUUGUAGUAGACAAAAAUAACUUUAUGAUUAUAAUUCAUUCUUGCCAUAAUUUUAAACAAGUGUUUAUGCUUUUUAUGAUAAUGAAAGAAAAACUAAUAACAAUAAAUAGUUAACAACAAUUUAAUAACUAUGAUGAUCAGGUAUGCUUUUUAAAUAAUUAAAAAUCUAAUUUAUUUUCAUUUAACGCUUUUUAAAAAUAAUGAAAUGUGUAAUUAUUCAGAAUUCAGAACACUUUAUUUUAUACUUUAUUUAUUGAUUUAAAAACUUCUAUAACUAUCUAUCUACCCGCUGCGUUCAUUGUAAUUAAAGUGCUACGGUCGCUGCAUUAUCAAUAGUAUACUCGAGUUGCCUUCCACUUCACAGACCUGUUGAUUAUAAAAUGUGUAUUACUUAUUUUAAUUGUUUUUCGUUAUAAAUUAUUUUCUUCAUGUCUGUCAAAUGUUAUUCAUAUAAUUGUAACGUUAUUAAAUGUUGUAUGUUAUCGGGUUUGUCAGUUGUUUUUGUUAAUGGCGUUUGUUAAUCAGUUUUAGUCAUUUUUACUAUCACGUACAUUACCUACGAAUUACUAUGAUGUACCAAAUCGUUUUGAUUAACGAUUAUCUUCUUUUAUUUUGUGUGAACGUAAUCUUUUUAAUUUAGGGUAAAACUAAGUAUAUUUUUUUCCUAAUAAAUGUAUGUUAUUUUAAAA